CCUGCCUCCUUCACACCAGAGCAGAGCCAGGCCAGCCUGCUCAGCCCCUGGAGCCUGUGACCCCACCCUCUCCAUCGCUGUCCUACCUGCAUGUCACUGAGGGUCUGGGUCUCUGUGUGAGUAGUACUCACUCCCUCUGGGUCUCUUGUGAGCUCCUUCCCUUCGGCUUGCUCUCGGCAUUUGCCGGAGCCCAACCUUCAGCUCCAGAAUGCUCCUUCUGCUGACAGCACUCCAAGUCUUGGCUGUAGCCAUGGUCCAGAGCCAAGAAGACGAUAACAAGAUAAUCGGUGGUUACACCUGCAUCCAGAACUCACAGCCAUGGCAGGUGGCCCUGCUUGCAGGCCCUGGGCGCCGCUUCCGAUGUGGAGGGGCUCUGCUGUCAGACCAGUGGGUCAUCACUGCUGCUCACUGUGCCCACUCGACUCUUCACGUAGCCCUGGGCAAGCACAAUCUGAGGAGGUGGGAGGCGACUCAGCAGAUUGUGCGCGUAGUUCGUCAGGUGCCAUAUCCCCAGUACCAACCUCGAGCCCACAACAAUGAUCUGAUGUUGCUGAAACUACAAAGGAGAGCGAGGCUGGGGCGGGCAGUGAGGCCCAUCACCCUGGCCAGCGCCUGUGCCAGCCCCGGAACUGCCUGCAGGGUGUCGGGCUGGGGGACCACGUCCAGCCCCAUUGCCAAGUACCCCACUGCUCUGCAGUGCGUCAACGUCAACAUUAUGUCAGAGCAGGUGUGCCGUCAGGCCUACUCUGGAGCCAUCACAUCCGGCAUGGUCUGUGCUGGGGUCCCCGAGGGCGGGAAGGACUCUUGUCAGGGUGACUCUGGAGGACCCCUGGUCUGUGGAGGGAAGCUCCAGGGCCUCGUGUCCUGGGGGAUGGAGCGCUGUGCCAUGCCUGGCUACCCUGGGGUCUACACCAACCUAUGCAAUUACCAUGACUGGGUCCAGAGGACGAUGCAGAGGAACUGAUCACGUCACCAGCAGCCCCUGAGCUUCCACAGCCUCCUCGCUCAGACACUGAGUCCUCCCCAACCCUCUUCCCUCAGACACUGAGUCCUCCCUCGCCAGCCCUCCUCCCUCAGACACUGGAUCCUCCCCAGCCCUUCUGUUCAGACAAUGGAGUCCUCCCCAACCCUCCUCCCUCAGACACUGAGUCCUCCCUCUCCAGUCCUCCUCCCUCAUACACAGGGGUCCAGAUUGCAGCCUCCUGCUUCAGACUGAGGAGUCUAGGUCUCAACCUCCUCCCUCAGACACUGGAGUCCUCCCCAGUCUUCUCCUUCAGAUUCUGGAAUUAUCUCUAAACCUCCUCCCUCAGACCCAGGGGUCCAGACCCCAGCCUCCCCCCUCAGACCAGAAGCCUCACCCCCAGCAUCCUCAGUCUUAACCAUAGGCUCCUUCUCAGCCCCUUUCCGGAGCACUGAUUCCAGGCCUUCUUUCUCUACCACUUCAUUGUCACUGGUCAAGAUCCACUGCGUUCAAAGGCAGGAGCACAAACGUUCUGGACCAGCAUCCCAACCCAAAGAAGGCUAUUUUCAAAACAUUUAAUGUCUCUGCAAA